UUCGCUUCCGGUUGAAGGCGAGACUCAGAUCUGCACAUGCGCUGUGGGCGGUGCUCUGUGCUACUACCGCGCAUGCGCAGCACUGGCGCCCUAAAGAAUACGAAUACAGUGGAAAGCGAAUGAAGAGACGGUAUGGUCUGUUAGUCUCACUCUGGAAAGUCUGGUCACUCUGUCUGGGUCUGUAUACUGAGGUCAAAGGUUAUGGGGGAGAACUUUGGGGUUUUUGUGGACUGGUCGCUGAUGGGUGACGUGUCUAAUGAUGCAGCACCGGGAAAAACUGAAUACACAGACAUCAAAGAGCGAAAGCGCCACGCCCGCUCAGGUCAGUGGGUGAAGAGUCACUCACAGCGAGCACAGGUGUACCAGCGCCUCAUCAAAGCGCUGCCAUGCCGCUCUGUCACACCUGAUGCUAGCGUCUACCUGACCGCGGCAGUAAAACAGACCAAACGUGACAGCACUGCAGGAGUUAAACUACAGAACGGUGACAUGCUGGCUAUAGCUUUACCUGAAUUUGCGUCUAGUGCACCUGUUCCUCGUUACUGUUUAAAGCCAGAGUCUGCGAGGUCAGUGGGCUCUGUUCUGGAGUGUCUCGCGUCUGAAUUUCCAGAUGUGUCCUAUUGCCCUUUGUUACCUGCUGUCACUGCACUGUUGCUUCACUGGAGCUCGGAAGAGGCUCAGUGUUUUGAAGCAGUGGCUCGAUUGUUAGCAACAACACAAAAGCAGCGCAUGCUACACCAGACCUUCCUGGCUCACCGCGCUUCCUGCAUGACCUUUGGCGACCUGGCACGCAAGCACUGCCCCGCCGCUCACCAGCACAUCGUUUCUUUGGCAACCGAGAAUAAGGAAGAUGUAGCAGAGGUGUAUGGAGACUGGCAGCGCUGGGUGUUCGGUGACCUCCCAUUCUCUCAUGCUGCUCGGGUCAUGGACGUCUUUCUGGUCGAAGGGUUUAAAGUGCUGUACAGAGUCGCACUCGCCCUGCUCAAGCUCUACAGGAAGCAGAAACUGGACAAGAGCACAAACAGGAAGGACUCGGCCGGGGUCAGGGGCGACAUGCGAGAGUUUGUGAAGUCUAUCGCGAGCAGCGUGAGUCCCGAUAAACUGAUGGAGAAAGCUUUCACCAUAAGGCUCUUCAGCAGAAAGGAGAUCAACCUGCUGCAGCUGGCUAAUGAGAAAGCGCUCCAGCAGAAAGGCAUCACUGUCCAGCAGAAGAGGUGUAAUGUGGACCUGAAAGUGAAUGUUGAUGGUUUCUGCUCUGACAUAAUCAGUGUGAAGGAGAUCAUGGAGGUGUGGUCAUGGAUUCCUGAACGAUUUGCCCUGUGUCAGCCUCAGCUACUUUUCAGUACCGCCACACACGGCUGCAGUCUCAACCGGUUUUAUUCACACUGUGAAGGACAUGAACCCACACUACUGCUGAUCAAGAAUACUGAAGGAGAGGUGUGUGGGGCAUUCCUAUCCACAGACUGGGAGGAGAGGAAGCGAGGAGGAAACACCCUGAGCUUCUUUGGGACAGGCGAGUGUUUUGUCUUUAAGAUGAAGCCUGAGAUGGAGCGCUACGAGUGGGUCAUCAUUAAACAUCCGGAGUUGGCCAGCUCUGCGUCUGAUCGUGCAGCUGAUGCUAACGCUCCAGAUGAGAACAUACACUCGCUCUCUGUGGAGGCUCCGCCCAACUCUGGGACUGACUCCACCCACCUCUCACCGUUCCUCGCUGCCCGACACUUCCACCUAAAUGCUCGUAACACGUCCAUGUUUAUGGCUGGAAACUUUGACUCUGUCAUCAUCGGAGGUGGUGAUGGGAACGCGCUGUAUUUAGACUCCGAGCUGAAUUACGGCAGGACGGGUCCGUGCUCCACCUUCGAUAAUCCACAGCUGUGCUCUGAGAACUUCCAGAUUGCAGUGCUGGAGGUCUGGGGCUUCCAGGACACCAUGACAGCCUAACAGCCAGUUAGCACAUCUGGAGAGAGAAUACUGCAGCCAUAAUUAUAGAGUUAUUCUUUAUAUCAUUAUAUAUUAUAUUAUAUUAUAUUAUAUUAUAUUAUAUUAUAUUAUAUUAUAUUAUAUUAUAUUAUAUUAUAUUAUAUUAUAUUAUAACAUUAAUAUACACAUCCUGGUAAUGAUCUUGAGCCUAUUUACACUUCAUAGUGCAGGACCUUUGGACACAUUCUUGAAGGAAACCCACCAGCAUACACAAGAAAGUCUCAGAACAAUAAGAUAAAUUUCUCUUCAUUACAACGUCAGUGUCUACAUACAGCCUCCUGUUUCCUAUUGUUCUUUAGUCGUGUCAUUUACUGUGUAGGACAUUAACAGUAUAACUAAUUCUGAGUUAUCACGGUACAUUGCCAUACUGAUAUCUCACCACACCUCUAACCAGCAUCAACUACGUUAGUGUAUCACAGUAUAAUAUCAGUCUGGUAUAUCAUCUGUCUCACAGUGGACUGAAGCUUGGACAGAAUACCCAUAAUGCACUGCAGUCUUAUUUUUUAAUUUUUAAACAUAUCAUAUAUCUGUUUCUAUAUUUGUUAAUAGGUGUUAGCACUCGUUAGAAAUGUUCUUUAUUCACGGUUCUUCAUCAUAUCACUAUACUUGAUGAAUGUUGUAUGAACGUUAGAUAAACAUUAGAUAAACAUUCGAUGUGUAGAUUUGCCAACUCAACAUUUUAUCAAGUAGGUUUGGUUUUUUUUGUGAAUAAUUGUUUGUUUGUAUGAGAAGGUUCUCCGUUGUAAAAACUGAUCAUAUUAAUGAAGUGUGUGUGUGUGUGUGUGUGUGUGUGUGUGUGUGUGUGUAUGUGAGCUGUUGUGUUAGUAAUGUGUAUGAACAUAUCACUAAAAUUGUAAUUGUUUUCAACUGUAAAGUCUUAAAUAUGGUGUUGUAAAGUAAAACGUGUGUGUGUGUGUGUGUGUGUGUGUGUGUGUGUGUGUGUUCAGCAGUAUUAUCAUGGUGUAUAUCAUAUGCUUAAUCACUUGACUGUGCAUCUGAAAUGGCAGUAACGUGUGUAAUAAAGUGUUUAAAGCAAA